AUGGCCACCAGGCGUUUAACUGUCACUUUCUUGUUGCGGAAUAAUUCCAUCCAAAACCGGCAACUGUUAGCCAAGCAACUUGCUGAUGACUGUAUGGCCCUGGUGUCGGGCAUUAGCUUAGACCCCGAAGCAGCAACUGGCAUGACAAAGCGGUUACCUCCUAAGUGGGUGGAUGGAGUGGAUGAAAUACAGUAUGAUAUUGGCCAGAUUAAACAGAAGAUGAAAGAAUUAGCCAGCCUUCACGAUAAGCAUUUAAACAGACCCACCUUAGAUGACAGCAGCGAGGAAGAGCAUGCCAUUGAAAUUACCACGCAAGAGAUCACAUGGCUCUUCCGCAGGGGCCGGCGCGCAGUGUGGGCACUGCCCAGAUGGGCCCAUGGGGCCUGCUCCGAGCAGGAGGAGCGGCUCCUUCGCAACGUGGUAACCUCCCUGGUGCAGGUUCUACAGGAGCUGUCCACCAGCUUCCGGCACACCCAGUCGGGCUACCUCAAAUGCAGGAAGAAUUGA